UAGCAAACGUCAAGAUGGAUCAUAAUAUGACCGGUAUGAUGGAUAUGGUAAUACACUUUCGUGAGAGGGAACUCAUCCUCUUCUCAUUCUGGAAGACUGGCACAAUGUCAGGAAUGGCUGUAUCCAUGUUCAUCUCAUUUCUGCUUUGUAUUUUGUAUGAAGCAAUCAAAGGUUUUCGUCUGUUCCUUGCGAUCUACCACAACAAGCAGCGUCGUUCCGCCAUGACCAGUUCGCAGUCAGCGUUAGCCGACUCGGCAGGUGACAACGUAUCUCAUGAUUCGGUCUCGUUUGCUCCAAUGCUUCAAGUUACCGGAUUGACUCGGCGUGUAUUUUCCGGAUAUCGCUUGAUCCAAGCGUCUCUCUACGGUAUCCAGGCUCUGUUAGCUUACGUGUUGAUGCUCAUCGUCAUGACAUUCAAUGGAAAUCUCAUUUUGAGCAUUGUAGCUGGAGAAGCCGUUGGUUACUUGUUGUUUGUUGGGACGCCACUUGCCGAUUCCCAUCUUGCAGACUGCUGCUAAUGUCCAGUUUGACUGGAUUAUUUUCUCCGUUAAUUGUUCUUUUUUAUUUUGCUUUUAAGAAUCUACUUUGUAGUUUUGCAUAGUACUGGUAUAUCGCAGCUUUGGUAGAAGUAGAAUCUCAUUAGUCACUAAGUGUUAUUUUUCCAUACUUUUUUUCUUAAAUCUUCAUUUGCCCUUUGUUUUUCUUAUCUAUUUCGUGGUGCGGGCGCUUGCGCAAAAGCAGCAAAUAUUGCAAAGUCGAGGUAUGUGUAUCCAAAUUUGUAUGUAGAUCGUUUAGAAGAAAGUCUCCCAUUUCAUUUGUUUUUUCUUAUAUUGUAUCUUUGUCUUCUCUCUUGCCGUUUACUGUACAAGUUUUUCCCCUGUUUUCGUUGUGAUGAAUCUACGCAGAUAAUCGCCGGUGGCAGGCAGUCCGCAACUUGCGCUUUUCUGCAAGCGGCCAGCAGAAUCUUGGGGCAUGGCCAAACCUUCAGCGAGCGGUACUUCCUUUACUGUCUAAUGUUCUGCCAGCGGGCAGCGACACAGAAUUUUCUGCAGGCGCUCGUCAAAUAAUCUCUUUCAGCAAACGCUGGCCGAACUUUCAGCAGGCGCUCGGACUCUUUUUACGCAGUUUCGGGCAUACAUCGAGCA